AUGUCUUCCAAAAAAGGAAAAUCAUCAUCGCAUAUCACUUACGAAGAUGAUAACGAGGACCUUAUUGAUGAGAUCAACACUUUUCACAACAAAGAUAGAAAAGUUGAGAAAAACGCUCUUCACAGAAAGAAAGUCUUUACUCGUCCUCAAGAAGUGCUAAAUGUUGAAGCCGAAGCUUCGGAUAGCAGUGAAGACGAUGGGUCUGACUUUGAUGACGACGAUGUUAAUGACAUCACUGAUAACAAAUGGGGAAAGGAGAGAAAGGAUUUCUAUGGUACUGGAUUCGUAGACAAAGAUUGGGGAGGAAUGCGAGAAGAAGAAAUGGAAGAUGCUCAACUUGAAGAAGAAGAUGCCUUGUCGCGUCAGAAGCUGAUCGAUAAAUCUACAGCUGCUAUCGCUGAUCUGUUUGAUGAUGACGAGGAGGAUGAAGGAGAACAAGAGGAAACAGUUGAAGUUGAGACUGUUCUCGAGUUCAAUGAAGAAAACGCUCAACGGAAGAACAAGAAAGUUGUGAAAUUAUUGCAACAAUUCGAAGCUAGGAAACGAAUCUUCCAACUCGUUGUAAAACCACUUGAGAAUGUGAUUAAGCAGAUUCCAAAAUGCGCACUCCGAUCACAGUUGGUGUAUGUCGCCCAAACAUAUGCUUCGUAUCUUAUGAACACUGCGUUCAUGUUGAAUUUACGAGCCGAACAGUUUGCGAAGGAGAAACUUGAAGAUCCUCUUGUCGACAUUCAUCCUGUCACUGAGGCCCUGAAACGACUCGAAAAGAAAAUAGUCGAAUGCGAAGAUUUUCUGCACACCAAUUCGGAUCAUCUGGAUGAGCUUAAGAAAUGGGCAGCUUCUGAGCCGGAAAAUAUGGAAGAAUUGAUUGCCAAGGUCGGAGAUGUGCAGCUGACUAAGAAAACGUUUGGAGCGGUUAUGAACGAAAAUCGUAUCGAUGCUGUUUCAACGGACGUUGCCUCUACUCAUCCUUCAUUCACUCCAAUGGAUGCUGAUGAGAAACGCAAAGCAAAUGACAAAAUCUCCAAAAAUAGGGAAUAUGCUGAACGCCGAGGAAAGAAGAAGGCAAAAACUAGCAAGACGAAAAAUCGCCGCAAGGUACACGCCAUCGAGAAGCGUGUCAAAUCACAAAUCGGAAACGUUCGACGCGAAACUCAGAAGUAUUCCGGAGAAGCCAGCGGAAUUCGUGCUUCAACAAUCAAAUCAACCAAACUCAUUGCAUAA